AUCGCUGUUCUUAAGAAGAAUCUUCCCUCUUUUUCCUCUCUGUGGGAGAGAAUUCACAAUCGAGUGUAGCCCUAAGCUUAGAGCUCAAAAUCUCAAUAAUGGCGGACCGUUCUUCCGAUCGCGAAAUUGAUUCAGGCUUUGAUCAGGGCUCAUCCCAACCACGUCUUUACAACCCUUACAAGGAUCUCCAGGUUCCUUACCGAAACUUCCAGCUUCCAACCUCACCGGAGUUUCUCUUCGAUGAAGAAGCUCGCCGCCAGCGUCGAUCUUGGGGCGAGAAUCUCACCUUCUACACCGGUUGCGGUUACCUCGCUGGUGCAGUCGGCGGAGCGUCUACGGGCUUCGUUUCCGGCGUCAAAUCUUUCGAAUCAGGUGAUACUAUGAAACUUCGGAUCAAUCGGAUCCUGAACUCUUCUGGUCAUUCAGGGCGUCUCUGGGGGAAUCGACUCGGUGUGAUUGGGUUACUAUAUGCUGGUUUGGAGAGCGGAAUUGAGGCUGUGAGGGAUACGGACGACGUAUGGAACUGUGUCGCAGCGGGACUUGGCACCGGUGCGCUUUAUCGUGCGGCAAGAGGAGUGAGAUCAGCGGCCGUGGCCGGUGCUAUUGGCGGCGUUGUGGUUGGAGUGGCGGUGACGGGUAAGCAGAUGUUGAAGCGUCAGGUGCUUCACCAGAGUAUGCCUCUUUGUGGUUGGUGAAGUUAUGGAAUGAAAUUCACUGAAACAGAACCUUUUGGAAUUCACUCUACUUCUUAGACGUGUAUCCAGAAGCUAGAGCAACAGGUCGAAUGGUAUUGCGUGCCGAUAAGUCUCGAGGCGUUCGUGACGGGUUUGCAAAAUGAACCUCAAUCAAUGUAGCAGCUUGGACAACGACUUGCUUUUUGAGGCUUCGAAUCAUGGUUGGCCAGUGGACUCGGGUAAAAAAGGGUGAUAAAAUUUUUCGGAAUUUAAUGUCAAUUAUAAACAAUAAAUUUGACCUAAAAUGCAUUUGAAAUACAAAUUUACGCUCCUUGCA